AUGUCCACCAUUCAACAGCUAAAGAAUUUUAUCCGGCACGGCAAGCAGGCUCGCGCCGGAAACCCUGACGAGUCGCCGCGUAAGAGCGAGGCUUCUCAACAACCUGCUGCCCAGCACAAGAAUGCGAGCGACCCCGGCCACGGACAUUCGAGCGCACGAGAUCCCGCCGACGACUACGCAAACGAGGAGUACUCGAGCAAGAAGAAGCGCUACGAUGAUGAGAAGCUUGCCAAGCUCGUCGCCGAGGAGAACGCCAGUAAGAGCAAGUUCCCUCGCUACCCUGGCCUCGAGCGCUGGGAGCUCGUCGACAAGAUGGGCGACGGCGCCUUCAGCAACGUCUACCGUGCCCGCGACACCACGGGCGAGAGAGGCGAGGUCGCCAUCAAGGUCGUACGCAAGUACGAGAUGAACAGCAUGCAGGGAAACAAGCAUUUACAUCCAGACUUCAAGAAAGUCCCAAAGGCAGCAGAGCGAUCCAACAUUCUCAAGGAGGUGCAAAUUAUGCGCCAACUUGACCACCCCAACAUUAUCAAGCUUGUCGAGUUCUCCGAGUCACGGCAGUACUACUACAUUGUUCUUGAGCUUGCUCCCGGAGGAGAGCUCUUCCACCAGAUCGUCCGCUUGACAUACUUCAGUGAAGAACUCUCCCGACACGUCAUUGUCCAGGUCGCCAAGGCCCUCGAGUAUCUCCACGAGGAGAAGGGUGUUGUUCAUCGUGACAUCAAGCCUGAGAAUAUCCUGUUCAACCCCAUUCCUUUUGUGCCGUCCAAGCACCCCAAGCCCAAGCAACCCGGCGAUGAGGACAAGGUCGACGAGGGCGAGUUCAUCUAUGGCCAGGGCGCGGGCGGCAUCGGCCAGAUCAAGAUUGCCGACUUUGGCCUUUCCAAGAUUGUCUGGGACAACCAGACCAUGACGCCUUGUGGAACAGUUGGCUACACGGCCCCCGAAAUCGUCAAGGAUGAGCGGUACUCCAAGUCAGUCGAUAUGUGGGCGCUGGGCUGUGUGCUGUACACACUACUCUGUGGUUUCCCACCAUUCUACGAUGAGAGCAUCGAGGUGCUCACAGAAAAGGUGGCUAAGGGCCAAUACACCUUCCUGUCGCCUUGGUGGGACGACAUCUCCAAGUCUGCCCAGGAUCUCAUCAGCCACCUCCUGACGGUGGACCCCGAGAAGAGAUACACCAUUACAGAAUUCCUGGCGCACCCUUGGAUCCGUGGAAACGGCCCCACCCCCCGUGAGGAGAAGAAGAAACCCGAGGUGCUCCGAGCCUUUGAUGCGACCAAGUUCGAAGAUUCUGGUAAGCGCUACGACUUCCGAUCUCCCGGCGCCGUCAACCUUCGUGAGGUGUUUGAUGUUGGCUACGCUGUGCACCGCCAAGAAGAGGAGGGCAAGCGGAGAGCUCAGAUCGGUGCCAAGGGUGGCCCCGCAAGAUUCAUUGGUGCCCUCAACGAAGAGGAAGAGGAGGAUGAGGAUGUCAUGCAGAUCGAUGGACAAGACCCCAACGCGGCAGCCAAGCCGAAUGCAGCAACCCAGGCUCUGGAGCAGAGCAUGCGAAAAACUAAUAUCCGAGACCAAGAACAACACCACGAAACUCGAGGACGGGAGCGUGAACGCACUGAAAGGGGAUACGGUCAGCACUCGGCGGCUGUGGCUGCUGCAGCCCGGCAACAAGUACGAGACCGGAAUCGCCAGCGUGGCGCUUUCGAGCUGAACCUGGAGAACGCCACGUUGUUGGGCAAGAGAAACAAGAAGGUUCCCAUCAUGGGGGCAUAG